GAGGAGAAGAAGGAGACGAAGAAGGAGGAGAAGGAGAAGGAGACGAAGAAGGAGGAGAAGGAGAAGGAGAAAUGCUCGUAGCUCGAGCUGCGGAUUAAUAAACAAGUGUGACUUCACAGAAGAACAAGAAGAAGAAGAUGGAGUUCGAGGCGCCGGGCACGGUUCGCUCCACACCGAGUCGACACGAGAAAAGUUUGGGGCUCCUCACGAUGAAGUUUGUGGGUCUGCUCCAGGAAGCGAAGGAUGGCGUCCUGGACCUGAAAGUGGCUGCAGACAGUUUGGCAGUGAAGCAGAAGAGGAGGAUAUACGACAUCACAAAUGUCCUGGAAGGUGUGGGGCUGAUUGAGAAGAAAAACAAGAACAUUAUCCAGUGGAGGGGUGAGAACACAGGGAGCCAAACUCAAGAGAUGCUGGAGCAGGUGAAGGUUUUGAAGUCGCAGAUCUCUGAGCUCGAGGCCCAAGAGAAGGAGCUGGACCAGCAGAAGGCCUGGCUGGAGGAAAACAUCAAACACCUGAACCACGUUCCCAUCACCAGCACUUACAAAUUUGUGACACAUGAAGACGUCUGCAGAGCCUUCAGCGGCGACACUCUUCUUGCCGUUGUGGCUCCUGCUGGGACGCAGCUGGAAGUUCCAUUACCUGAAAUGGGACAGAGCGGUCAGAAGAGGUACCAGGUGAAUCUACGCAGCCACUCGGCUCCCAUCCACGUCAUGUUGAUCAACAAAGAUUCAGACUCCACGAUACCUGUGGUGUUCUCGGUGCCGCCGACCGACGACAUCUGUUCAAUGCCGACCCCACCCAGCACCCCCGCCAGCUUGCAGAGGUUCUCCCUCUCCACGUCCAUGUACUCCAGCUCCACCACCACUUCCUCCUUCUGCAGCCAGGACUCCCUCUGCUCAGACCACCAGAUGGCGCUGCCAGAACAUGAAGUGCUGUCGAUGUUGUCCACCCCGCCUGAUGCGCACAUGGACUGUCAGUCUGUGGCAGUGUUGGAGCAGAAGCGGAUGGACCUGGCGGGCUCGGAGUUCCAGUCUGUGCUGGAUGUGAACAGCCUGCUGGUGCUCAGUGCUGCCGGAGACCACAUGAAGGACGACAGAGAGACUGCUGUUGAUCUGAUUGAUGAGCUCUUGUCUGCUGAUGGAAUGGACUACAGCUUCAAUCUGGACGACAGCGAGGGCGUGUGUGACCUGUUCGACAUGCAGAUCCUAAAUUACUGACGGCUGAUAUUGGACUCUCCUGUGAGCUUAUACAAUCCGAAAAGUCACUUCAAACACACCUUCCCCCAUUUUUGUUAUAGUUGCAUAGCUGUUACUUUAACAUCAUUGUUAUGUUUAAAAAAAAAAAAAAUAUGCAUACUGCACAGAUAAGAGUUCACAGCUGAGCACCAGAAUAUUUCAAUUUACAACACUGCCUACAGUCAACAUAUACAAAGUGCCUGAAUGAGAAGAACUUAAUAUAUAUUUACUGAGCCAAGAUUCCCUAUGUCGAAAGCAGUCCUUAAAAGUUUUACCAUGUGGUUCAGUUCCAACAUUCCACAGGGAAAGUUAGUGCCUUACUGGAAGAAACCAGGACAGACCCUGUAGCAUCCUACUGAUUCUUUUCCAUGUGAAGUUUGUAUUUUUCCACAUCCAUUGAAAAGAGAAUUGAAGACACAUUUAUUUCCUGCAGUUUAUCCACAUUUGUGACUGUGACAGUGUUAAUCGCCAGAGGAUUUUUACAAAAACAUGUAUUCAGUAUUGGCUUUUUUCGAAUGUUGGAUACAGGGUUGAUGAUCUAGUUCAGGGUAAGUAUGUUUGUUUUCAAGGAAACCAAACCGUGUUAACAGAUUUAUAGUUAUGUCAUAUUGUAUUUAAGGACUUAAAGUUUUGGUUACUUUUUGUAACCUUGUUCUUGUGAAAAAUGCCAGAAAGUUUUCUUUUCUAUUGUGUCACUGCCAAUCUAGGCCUCUGAGUUUUUUUGUUUUAAAAUAAUCUUGAGAUUAUUUUACAUUUAUGUAUAUUUACUUUUUUUACUUAAUUUAAGAAAAUACAAUUCUUUGUUCUAAUUUGAAACUGAAGCUGGUUGACUGCCUUAAUUGUAAUUUAGAAAGUUAAUUAUCCAUGUUUCUUAUCACACACAAUAAAUAUUACAAGCCUUAGGUGGCUUUUUGAAUAUUUAUAUAUAUUUUUUAAGUCAAGAAGCCAUGUUUUUGUUGCGAUUUUGUCGUUUCUUUGCACAUUUUCAAUAAAUGUAUUCAAUCUCAACGCAAGAACUUUUCUUUUCUCACAAGUAAUUAUCAUCGUCUGAUUUGGAAAGGAGGAAGGAGUCAUUUCAACAUGGUUUCUGUUUUGUUAUUUUAGACCCUUGAAACACAAAGUGUAGCAGAUGGUAAACCUCAGUGAAAUGGUUUCCACAUGAGAUGAUGCACAUGCCAGAGCAUGACUUUGAGAAUCACUUAAUCUUUUCCAUCCCGGUGACAGACAUAACAAACACCAAAACAGUGCAUCUAAUACUUGGAUUAUAAAACACACUCAUUAAACUAUGUAGCUGGUAUUUAUGUUGAAUUUACAAUUAGAGAUUUUAAA